AUGUCGGUAUUAGACGAAAAUAUUUAUUUAGCUCCUCAGCUCCAUAUUAAAAUAUUAUCUGACGUCGGUCAAGUACUCGAAGAGAUGAAUCAAUGGGAAGAAGCUUUACAAAAGUAUAUCAAAGCGGCUGAAAUCUAUCAAACUGAAUUACCAAAUGCAGAUCCAGAGGAUGUUGCUCAUGUCGAGAAAUGUAUUGAACGAGUUACAUCACACCUUAUUCCACCCGAUUAA